UUAUAUCAAUGAUUCAUUUCGCCUGCAUUGUUUUUGUCGUUGUUGAUCUGCCUGUUUUUCUUAUGUUUAACUUGCAUAUAAUGUGACAGAAUAACAUCCUAUGUUUUGCUGAAAAGUACAGUUGGAUGUAUCAGUUUUGAUCAUUGCCCUUCACUAUUAGAAAAUAUUAAACCCCUUCACAUAUUUUGCUUUCAACAAGGAAUUUGCUUGAGUUAUUACAGAUCCCUGUUUUCAUUUUACUAUGUUGAAUAUAAAUAUGGUAAACUUGUUGGAUUCUACAUAUAUAAUAGAUUUUUCAUACGAGAAGUCAGUUUAGCAAAUCAGAAUGUUUCAUGCUGAGAAAUUUGACUGUAACCACAGUAUCUAACUGAUCAGAAAUGGAACACAAGAAAUCAUCAGAAAAAAGUGAAACUGAUGGAGUUGAAGCCUGGAUGAACAGCUUUGAUCUUGCGGAUGAUGAGAUGGUUAAACAUCAAAUCUACGAACGACAACAGCAUCUGCAGGAGUUGGAUGAUCUGUACCUGGAUGUCUUGUCUCCUCCCUUCCAAUCAUGCGAGGACGAGAUGAUGAGGCUCAUUGGAAUCAAGUGCAAGGACACAGAGGUGAUUGAGCCUAAGAAGAGUCGAGCAGGCGCGUCCCCUUCUGAAUCCUUCCAAGUUCUGAGGAAAUACAGUAGGAGGAGGCACCUGAGAGAUGAUAGUGACAAAAUAUCAGAUAUGGCUCGUGCCUCGUUUUCCAUUGAAAAAACCAUCAAACUGGCUGCAGGAAAGCUCAUCUGCGCCGUUUCUGAAGGAAGCAAUGAGCUCUAUAAUGAGGAAUCCUCUAAAGAAGUUCAACUCGUCCAAAAUCUUCUGUCUUGUGCUGAGAAUGUAGCAAAGAAGCAGCACGAACGUGCAAUCAGAUUCUUGAAUGCGUGUGGGGAGAUGAGUUCUGCUACUGGCACUCCUAUUCAGAGAUUAGCUUUCUAUCUCUCUGAAGCACUCAGUUUGAAGAUUGCUAAUGAAGAUAGAGAAAAGAAGCAACACGAGAAGAAGAAACUGGUGGUCAGGCAUUUAGAGCCAACAAAGUGUGUGAAUUCGAUUCCUAUUUAUUUCAAGCAGUUUCCUGUCACUCAGAUUACCAAUCUAGUCGGAAGCCACACCAUUCUACAUUAUCUGGAUAAGGCGAGAAGGAUCCACAUCGUUGAUCUUGAGAUCAGGAGUGGAGUGCAGUGGGUGCAGUUUAUGCAGGAUGCUUCUGCGCCAAGUGAGCAUCCUAUCCAGCAUCUCAAGAUCACUGCUGUUGGGACCAGCUCAAAAAAGUCGAUUCUGGAGGAGACGGGUAGGCAACUGGCAAGCUUUGCUGAGUCUGUGAGCUUGAAGUUCACUUUUGGGGUAGUGGUGGUGGAGGAUGUUUUAGAGCUGAAUCAAGACCUGUUUGAGCUCGAUGCUGAUGAAGCUGUCGUUGUUUAUGCAGCCUACAGUCUGGUGACGAUGGUUGGAAGGGCUGACCGUCUUAAUCAUGUGAUGGAGGUCAUCAAAAGCCUGAGGCCUUGUAUCAUGGUGGUCACGGAAAUGGAGGCCAACUGUAACUCUCCGAGCUUCACAGAGCGUUUUGUUGAGAGCUUGUUUAUGUUUGGUGCAUUGUUCGAUUCUCUGGCAGAGUGUUUGAAGGGUGAAGAGACGAGUAGAAUGGAUAUCGAGUCCACGUUGUUUAGGUCAUCCAUAAACAAUGUGUUGGCAGCUGAAGGAGAUGAGAUGAUGCUGAGGCAUGUUCCUAUACAUGUUUGGAGGGCUUCUUUUGAUGGUUUUGGAGUGCUGGAGACGGAACUGAGCUUCUCGUCUCUGGAGCAAGCGAAUUUGCUGCUCCGAGAUUUCUCGUAUGGGAGCUCCAUCACAUUGUGCAGGAACGGUGGAUGCCUAACCGUUGGUUGGAAGGGGACGCCGCUUACUUCACUAUCUGCUUGGAAGCUUCCCAAACACUGACCUUUCAGACCCCUGUUGUGUUGCUGUUACAACUUUGUUUAUUUUUUGUCUUCCUCUAUUCAGAUGGAGUUUUUAUUUUAUUUUCCUCCCUCUGUUUCUAAUUGUGAAAAGAUAUGGUUACUUUUCUUUGGGUUAAUACUGUUUU